AUGCCUUGGCUAACACUCGUCGAGGCCGUUAAGGCCCAACUCGAGGACGACGAACUUCGCCCGCCGGCUGCAUUUACUCUACUGGGGCAAAUUCAGACUGAAUUACAGAAGCUUGACCCAAAUAUACGCCAAAUAUCGAAGAAGAAAAUGCUUCAGUUUGAGGCCGUCGCCAUCGACGAAUUCAAGAGAUCAAUGCUCUGGUAUGAGACGUCAUGGAGUGACUCCAGACCAUGUGCGAUAGAGGUCUUCCACGACGACGGGUUCACCUUCGGCCAAUCUCUGCAGCCUCUGCUCAAACCCAUUUAUGGCAUUCGCCAUCUCGUCGCUAUGAUGCACGAGCAUGAGUCUUAUAGACAACGUGGCGGCAGCAUUGCUUACACGGUGCGGUACAAGUUUAUCCGGAAGCUGCUCAGAAGGGACCCGAACGCGCGCAUGGAGCUCUUCAAGUCUUCAGAAAGCGUAUUAAAUCUCGUCAAAAAGCAGAUGCGUGCUCAUCUCAAAGCAGAAAAGCAGAAGCCUGGUUGGCGACAGGCAAUGCGAGACGCAGGCAUUUGGGACGACGACGUCAUCAAGCCGCCUAAAUUCUCGCAGCAUGGGACUAAGCUUGAGUUACUUGAAGGAUAA